AUGUGUGUAUUAUUGAAUGAAUUGAUACUUUCAAUUGAAAAUAAUUCGAAAUGUAAUUUGUAUAAACCAUUUUUGUUUAUAGAAUAUGAUGAACGAAACUUUCAUUGUUGGGCAUAUCGUUAUUAUCUUCUUGAACGUCUUUGUCCAUCAUCAUCAUCUGAAUUAGAAGGAUUUUAUGAAAAUGAAUUAUCAUUUCUUCGUUCAACAAUUGGUAUUAAUUUAUCAAAUUAUUCAGCAUGGCAUUAUCGUUCAAAAUAUUUAGAUAAACUUAUUGAUCAUAAUCCAUCUCGUCGUACUUCUCUUUUAUCAAGAAUUGAAUCAAUUAAUGAAGAUGAACAUAUUAAACCAUUAGAAGAACUUGAUGAUAUUGAAUCAAAUAAUAAAUGGUGUAUGUUAGCUUUAUGUCAAUUAUGGAAAGAAAACAAUUAUAAAAAUGAUAAAAGAAUUAAUUAUUUAGAACAAUUAGCCAAUCAAAUUGAUCCCGAUCGAGCACAAUUUUAUAAAGAUCAAAUUUAA